AUGGAUGCUGCGCCGCUCUCCGCAUCCGCGGCCGCAGGAAAUGGAGGAGGACCGGCGCCGUUUCUCCAGAAGACGUAUGACAUGGUGGACGAUUCCACCACUGACGAGAUCGUUUCCUGGGGCUCUAACAACUGCAGCUUCAUCGUUUGGAACAAUACCGAAUUCGCUCGCCUUCUCCUCCCAACCUAUUUCAAGCACAGCAAUUUCUCCAGCUUCAUCCGGCAGCUCAACACCUAUGGAUUCCGAAAAGUACAUUCUGAGCGUUGGGAGUUUGCUAAUGAAGAAUUUAUAAAAGGUCAAAAGCAUCUUCUGAAGAAUAUACACCGCAGGAAACCUAUACACAGUCAUAGUCAUCCUCCGGUUUCUGUUGUGGAUCCUGAAAGGGCAGCAUUUGCAGAGGAACUCGAUAAACUCUCGCGCGAAAAAAAUUCUCUUGAAUCCAAUCUCUUAAACUACAAACAUCAUCAAUCAACAACAAAGCUUCAGAUGGAAGAUUUUCACCAUCGAUUGGAUGGUAUAGAGAAGAGGCAGAUAUAUUUGCUGAACUUUUUUGAGAAGGCUCUUCAGAAUCCUUCUUUUGUUGAUCAUCUUUCGCGCAAAAUUGAAUCCAUGGAUUUAGCGGCAUAUAAUAAGAAAAGGCGACUGCCUCAGGUUGAUCAUGUGCAGCCUGUUGCUGAAGCUGUCUCAGAUAUGAACCUGGUAUCAGGUAGCACACAGGGUUCAAAUGAAGGCGAGGAAAGCAUGCAGAAGAACCUGUCUGAAGGAGAACUGAAUGGAAUGCAGACAAGAACUGGCCUUGCUUUUGCACCUGCAACGCUAGAGCUUGCAGAUACUGGGACAUCUUUUACUUUUAAUAUGGAUUCGUGUUUAUCACGAAGAGCAACAACUACCGAGAGCCCAAAUCUUCACUCCCUGGAGCCAAGUAGUGAAGAAGGUGAUAGUCAUAUAUCCUGCCAACUAAAUUUAACUCUGGCAUCUUGUCCAUUGGAAUUCAACAGGAAUUCAUACUCGGCCAGAUCACCCCAGAUAGAUUGUCAAGAAAUUGCCGAAUCAAUAGUUAAUGCCAAUGGUAAAGAAUCAGAAAACGGAGUUUCCUUAAACCGAGUUGUGGCCAACGAGGUUAUCAAUUUAGCUUCACCGCAGGAAGCUUCAGGUAACGGACAAGUCAAACCAGCUGCUCCACGUCGAGUGAAUGACGUCUUUUGGGAACAAUUCCUUACCGAAAGACCAGGCUGUUCAGACAAUGAAGAGGCAAUAUCCAACUAUCGAGCAAAUCCAUAUGACGAGCAAGAGGAAGGGCGGUCAGUUCAUAGAAUCUCUAGUAACUCCAAGAACAUGGAUAAUCUCACACUCUGA